AUGUCAGGCUUCAUCUUGGGAACUGGAUCAGGUAUACUAGCUUCCGCAGCUGUAUACUAUACCUUGUCAACUUCUCUGAGAGAAUCGACUGCUGGAUUGAGAUCAGAAUUGCACAACUCCUCUUUACUCCUCUCCAAUUCCUUCGAACCCAUAACCCCACCUGCACCUUCCUCACUUAUCGGACCAUCUUCUUCAUCACCGUAUCAACCCUCUUUCGGAGAGAUAGUCAAACAGCGAUGGAACGCUACACUCACCAAUCUAGUUUCCGGCGUUAGAUCGACAGAUUGGGAACUGGUCGGUAAAGACAUAUAUCAAGUUGGUGAAAAUGCUAUCAAACGAUUAUCAGAAGAAACACAAACACCCUCUUCCGCUUCAUCGAUACUUGAUAAUGGUAGUCCCGUGAAACAGACUGUCAAAACUCAUGAAUCGGUGUCGGUAGUACCCGGAACGACAGGUAUAAUAGACCAUGCUGAGAAAGUACCAGAAGAGAAAGUAGGUGUGAAUAAAGUAGUUGGAGUGGAUUUGAGGAAGGACAGUUAUGGUUACGUACAAGGGAAUGAGCUCAAGGAGCUGAUCAAGAGAAAUGCAGAGAAGGAAGGUAAGAGAUUGGUAUAG